AUGGACGGCCUCAGUCGCGCCUUCCACUUCAUCCUCGACCCUUUCCAACAGGAGAAAAAGCCCGAGAAAGCGGCCACGGCGCCCUUCGACCAGCCGCACCUCGAGCCCUCGCGCUGGUUCCUCACGGACGCCGAGAUGCGCACGUCGCGCGACGGCCACGCGCGUAAGGGCAUGCACUUGUUUACCACGGGCAACCGCGUGAAGCUCUACGCUGCGUCGGCCGAGUACUUCCACGACGUGGCCGACGACAUGUCGCACGUCCGCCAGGGCGACCUCGUCUACCUCACGGGCUGGGGCACGUGCAACGUGCCGUUCAAGCCGCAGCACGACCCGUCGUCGACAAAGCUCUGCGACUUGGCCGGCGCUGCUGUCCAGCGCGGCGCCGACUGGCGCAUGCUCGUGUGGUCCAACGUCACGGAGCGGGCCCAAAACCACGACGUGCGCGACCUGAUCAACGCCCUGCCGCCGCCGAAAGAGCACGGCCCGGCGCGCUUUGUCUACGACGACCGCCUGCCGUACGCCACGUCGUCGCACCACCAAAAGUCAGUCAUUGUGCGCAAAGGACGCGACCUCGUGGCCUACGUGGGCGGCGUGGACCUCACGAACGACCGUUGGGACACGCUCGCGCACGACCAGGCCGAGCUCCGUGAGCGCACGGGCAUCAAGUGUCAGUGGGACGGCUGGCUCGACGCCCACGCGCGCGUGGAAGGGCCAGCGACAAUGGACGUCGCGCGCAACUUUCUCGACCGCUGGAACUCAAAGCACGAGCCGUCGCAGGAUUUAUUGGAUGAUUUGUUGGAUUUCGAAAAUCCGGCUUUUUCCAAACUCCCGCCCGUGGAGAAGAGCAAGACGCCGGUGGAUAUUCCCGACGACGGCCCACAUGCGGUGCAACUCUGCCGCACAUUCAGUCCGGACUACGACCACUAUGACUUUGCCCCGCAGGGCGAGCAGUCGAUCUUUCACGCGCGGAUCAAAGCCAUUCGCAAUGCGCAGAACUACAUCUUUAUCCAGGACCAGUACUUUAUCCUCGUGCCGGAGCUCUUGGACGCGAUCAUGGACAUGAUGCCGAGCAUCGAGCGGCUCAUUGUCAUUGUGCAGCGCACGGUCGAGGCGGGGUACACGGGGUACGCCAAGUACCUCUACGACAUGGUGUCGCCCAUCCAGAAGGCGUUCCCGGACAAGUUUAAGCUGUACACGACCAAGGAGGCCAAGCAGCUGUACAUCCACAGCAAGUUGGUGAUCAUCGACGAUGUCUACGUGUCCCUGGGCUCGGCGAAUUGGAACCGUCGCAGCAUGACGAGCGACACGGAAAUCGGCAUCAACAUUGUUGACACGGAGCUCGUCAAGUCGCCUGACAACAUUACGGUGAACAAGUUGGCGCGCGACUUCCGGAUCCAUAAGUUCAUGGAGGCGACCAAGCAGAGUUACGAGGAACUGGACGCCAUGACGUUCCUCGAGGCGUGUGACGCGCUGGAAGCUGCUGCCCAUGACGACGGCUCGAGUCUGAUUGAACCCUAUGCUGUGGAGGACCAGGCGGGUUUUGACUACGUGCCGGACGCACUGCGCCAGAUCGUUGACCCGGACGUUGAGCGCAACGAGUAA